AUGUUGACAGGGCAACCCAGCCCCUUGUUCUUAAACUCGCCUGGACCAUCGCCUACCUCGUCUCAAUUGUACAGAGAUGGAGUAUCUCCUAGCAGUGGUAGUUCGAAUAGCGCAAAUCUAGACACACCAUCUCCGGGACGCAAACGGGAUUUCUACUUUGCAGGUGUAUUAUUGGGCGAAGUAUGUACUCACAGUGGCUUGCCCUACUUCUCCCCGAAUGGCAUCCGCUGGAUUCAACAACAAACCGGCGAGAUGCCUUCGUUUCCGCAGCCUCCUCAAGCACACGAGACUGGGAUGCAAGACAAUCUUGUCUCGAGCCAGCCUACAGACAUACAACUCCCUCCGAGGCGGAGCGUUGAAGAAUAUGUCUCAAUGUUUUGCAAGACCUCGAUAGGACUCGUCUUUCCCGUGCUAGAGCCCACUUCGUUCUGGCAUACACUUGGUCUUGCCUAUGGUGAGUCGCAAGGUUCUUGGCAACAGAUCCAAUGUGCAAAAGCUUGUGUUCUGUCCUUUACCUCACUCACUGUCUUCUCUCUUGGCAAGUGGGAUUCAAAUCUGUUGGAUAGUGCCGAGUAUUCAGCCAAAGUGCGACUUCUGUUGCCGCAACUCUUUGGCGAUGCCUCGGUAACGACCCUACAGACUGUCGCUAUUCAGUCUCUAUAUCACCUCUGGUCAGGCAACCUACAGCUCGCUUCGAGUUUUCACACAAUGGCAUGCAGAAUCAUGUUCACUUUUAAAGCUCACUCUCAGCUGCCGACUCUGAAUGCCCAUGCGUCAGACGGCACCUCUCAGCCCGAUCACUAUGUUCGGAGGAUGUUCUGGUUGCUGUAUCUAUUGGACAAGGAAAUUGCGCUACGUACAGAUCUCCCUCCUUCUAUAGAUGAUGACCUAUGCAACCUGGAACUUCCUCCAGACACCAAUUCCCACCCACGGGAACGAUUGGCCACCGAGACAAACAAGACGCCGUCGCUGAAUCUUCAUCUCAGCUUGGUCAUUAUCAAAUCCAAAGCCCUGAAAUACCUUUCUCCAGACAUCUCACCCCAAAAGAACAAUGCCGAAUUGAUCAAGUGCAUUCGCGAACUGGACCAAGAACUCGAGACCUGGCGGCUCUCCAUCACUGAGCGCUACCGCCCCUCCCUCUCACGCAGUGCCAGCCACGACCUGGAUGUUGAGGAUCCUAUACUACGAAUGGAAUGCAUCAUGGUCAAUCUGGAAUAUCGCCAUUUGGUUUCCUACAUACAUCAGGCGACCCAGAGAUGUCCCCGAAAGUCAUCCGGCACGUACUACCAGCCCACAGACGCCGAGACACUGGCCAUUGCGUCGAGUCAGUCGUUGGCGGUAGAAGCGGGCCGCUCGACACUGGUAUAUCUGUGUGGGAUUGCGCCAGCUUUGGUUGGGGAGCCAUUUUGGCUGAUUCUGGCACAUUCAAUGACGGCCAUGCUGACAUUGUUUUGUAAUAUUUUGCUAAACCCUGUCGCCAGUCAGGCCAAGGAUGACUUGAUGUUGCUGCAAAAUGUUCCCGAGCUCAUUCAGAGCAUUCACAUGCGGCAGUGGAGCGUCAAGGCGGUGGAAUUCAGGCAGCGCAGUAGUGAUUUACUAGCGGAAAUGGCGAGGAUUGGGACAGUGGCAAUACAGAGGCAAAACCUUCCAAGAGGCGCAUAUUCUGGGACUUGA